GUCGGGCUAGGACUUUUCGAGAAACCGUAAACCUAUCUUUCCACGACGUGAAAUACCUGUGACUGUGGGGAUUUCACUUUAUUUGAGAUGGCUGUUGCUAAACCAGAAGAAAUAGAGAGCCAGACUGCUGACAAAGCUGAAGCACUAGAAGACAUUUCACCAGAACUUCUAUACAAACAUCCAUUAAAUCAUGUGUGGACCCUAUGGUACUUUGAAAACGACAAAAAAAAGUCCUGGGAAGAAAGUCAACGUGAAAUUAUUAGUUUUGACACAGUUGAAGACUUUUGGAGUUUGUACAACCACAUAAGACUAGCCAGUGAGCUGAGGCAAGGCACAGACUACUCGUUAUUUAAGAAAGGGAUUCGUCCAAUGUGGGAAGACCCUAGAAAUGUCAGAGGUGGUCGUUGGUUGAUCAACCUGGAGCGUAAACAGAGAGACAUUGAAUUAGAUAACUUCUGGUUAGAAAUUCUGCUGUGUAUGAUAGGAGAAGCAUUUGACGAGUGGGGUGACGAGAUAUGUGGUGCUGUUGUCAACAUUCGAGGCAAGGCAGACAAGAUCGCUCUGUGGACUGCUGAUGCUUCAAAAGCCAAGUCCGAAGCAGUAAUAGCCAUCGGAAAGAAACUUAAGGACCGAUUGAAAAUUGGACCCAAGAUGCAGAUCGGCUAUCAGAUUCACAAGGACACAAUGGAAAAAUCUGGCUCCGUCGCAAGAAAUACGUACACCGUUUAACGUUAUGAUAUCAAGCUAGUUUGUUUUAUUUAAAGACUCAACACUCCCUUUGUUUUAUUUUCUGUUGUCUUUUACGUCAAAGUUUUUUAUACCUCGGAUAGUGUUAUUGUGUAGUAAAGUUCUAACAGUGAUGUUAAGUUCUCCACUUAAAAAGUAGAGAUCAGCGUGCAGUGACCAGAAUAAGCUGCUGAGGUAUAGAAAUGUGCUUAUCGUUCAGAAGUUUUAUUUUUUUUACUUUACUAUUUUUGCAAUCUUAAAUGUUCUUUAAAUUGCUACUUUGUCACUAGGAAAAUCUUAGUACUGUUUCUACAAUACAAGUUAUACUAUAUACUGGAUGUACCAGUUAAAGAAAGACUGAAACUUAAAUACAAUUGAUUCAUGUACCAAGAAAAUAUACUAGUGACUAGAGUAAUAUUCGAGGGAAGUCGUCAUUUUGAAAAUUUAAACUGAAAGAACUUGUAUGAAUUGUGCUGUUAAGAUUUAUUAGUCAUUUGAUUCAAAUGUUAUACUAGUUUUUGUUUAACAGUGUGAUUUUUCUUUUUUAAGCUUUAAUUAGGAAUCUUGAAAAUCGUCCUCAGAUUAUUGUAAAUAAUGAAAUGAUAAAUUAAAAUAAUCUUCCAGCGGUUCUAAUAAAGGUUUUCUGCAAGA